AAACGCGCUCUAGUGUAGUGUUUGUGUCAUCACCAUCAAAGGGUUAGUCACUUCACUACUCCUCCUCGACCUCCAAAGAGGCGAUGAAAGCGUGACCCCUCCUUGCGAAAAUGUCUUCCUUUGUGGUGGCUGCCCUGCUGGCGGUGGCAAUCGCGACUCAAGCCUUAGAAGAGGACUUCGCCUUCGACGUCUCCGACGACUUCGAGGUGGAAAUCAACACCGGAAACAAAGAAAUAGAUGCUGGAGUCGGCAAAGUGUUCCACUACGUCGUCUCCAAGGGGGCUGGAGGGGCCUUCGAAGCGCGGUGUUCCAACGGCGCCCCUCUCCCCGCAUGGCUACUCUUUGACAAAAUCGGGGGCGUCUUCUGGGGGGUUCCCCUCGGGGACGACAUCGGUACCAUUCAUCUAGUCAUCAGGAAUCGAAACAUAUCUGAAGAUGUCACGAUUAACGUGCACGAAACGUCGGAUCUCAAAUGUACUGAAGAUAACACUGUACUUAGUCUUGUUAUUGAUAAGGGCGUCAGGGCAAUCAAACCGAAACAAAGAGUGAUAGCUGUCAACAACAUCGCAAAGUUUUUUGGCUUGCCUUAUAGUGCCUUCACUUUAAAACCUCAAUUAGAAAAAGAUGAUAUUACAACAGAUAGUUCGGUAGUACUCGCAGGACCAGGAAAUUACAACCCAAAAUCGGUGAAAUUAACAUCGGUGACGGUUCCAGUAGGCUGUGAUGGGCGUUUAUGGUUACAAACAGCACCAUUGGUGCACCAAUUGAAGCACCAAGCACGUGAUGGUACCAUUAGUGAGGUACUUGGACUUCCAUUGAUUGGUUGGAGGGUCAAAAUUGAACCAAAAACAAGAACCAAYCGACAAACUGAAGAUUAUGGAAGUGGUGACUACGAUGAUGAUUAUUACGACAACUACGACGAUGAGUACGAAUAUGAGGAAGAAAAGGGUACCACUACGACAACAACGCACCCACAUCGACACCACCACGGCGAGGUACCACAAUCUAGCACCAAACCGACAACGGAACUGGUACCUGAAACGACAACAACAACAACAACAACACAAAAAUCAACAACCGAAGAAAUGGUACCACAAACAACAAAUUCCACGAAAAUUGACUACGAGUAUGAAGACUACGACUAUGAUUUGGAAGAUAAUGACGAAGACCCGACUGUGGUACCUGAAUUAGUUGAAACAACAACAACAACGACAACAACGCGUGAUGUUGUUGUUGUUUCGGAAACGACAGUACCCACAACAACGGAACGGGAAACAACAAUGAUGAUUAUUGAAGAUACAGAACCGGCGACUGUGUUGUAUGAAAUGACAACAGUACCAGAAACAACAACUACAACUAGUACUGAAGUGUCAACAACAACAACAGAAGAAGAAACAACACCAACUGUCAAAUUAACAACAACGCGUCAUGUUGUUUCCACCACUGAAACGGUGGAAAUCGAGGAGAAGAAUUUCCCCCCGUAUAUUGAAAAUCGCCUCAAUCAAAUGUCGGUCAUUGCGGGGAAAAUCUUCCGUUUUGUGGUCCCCAAAAACACGUUUAAUGACUUCGAAGACGGCCAUAACCUCACUUUGGAGUUUUUGAAUGCGCACGGGGAGGCCCUUUCGCGCGAUUCUUGGUGUCAUUUCAACCCCCAUCGACGUGAAAUCUACGGGUUACCCCUCGAGGAGGAUGUCUCCAAAUGGGAGUACGUUUUAAAGGCCACAGAUCGUGAAGGUGCCUACAUUACCGACACUUUCACCAUUCAGGUGCAACAACACAAAUUACAACGUGUUGUUAAUCAUGAAAUGUCGUUGUUUAUGCGAAUUGAGAAACAACAAGAGUUUCCACAUUUCGUCGAUUGGUGUUUGAGGACUUUGAGGGCUUUGGGGAAGAUUUACAACACGAAUAUGACGGAGAUUACCGUCAGAAAUGUGAAUUACACGAGUGAACCGGUGGUUUUCACGUGGACUAAUGACUCAAUUCCGACGAAUUAUUGCCCAGUUGAGGAAAUCGACAAGCUUUAUAAGAUGUUGACUGCUAAUGACCGCGGUGACCCCAAACAAGAGCUCAGCUUGUUGCUAACCCCCGAUUUGCGGGUGAAAAAGGUCACCAAACACGGUUUGGGGGUGUGCGAGACGCCCCAAGUCCCGGUGACUCCCCCGACGAACUUUUCGCCGUUUUUGCGCAACCCCGUCGAUCAUAUCAAUGCCACAGUCGGGGAACUACUCAUCUUCAAAGUCCCUGAUGAUACUUUCUACGACCCCGAGGAUACGGAUUCACGAACUCUUAACAUUUCGCUCCUCACGGCUGAUCGGCAAGCAAUCAAGUCGACUAAUUGGCUGCAGUUUGAUGGCAAGAAUCGUGAGUUUUAUGGGAUUCCCCGAAAGCCAGGCCGGAGUGAAUACCAUCUAGUUUGUGUGGAUAGUGGAGGGGCCACGGCGACCGAUAGUCUCGAAAUUGUUGUCUAUCCGGCCCCCAAAAUGCACUACAAUGUUGAGUUUAGUAUGACGGUGGAGACGCCCUACGAGACGUUCGUGAAUAGUGCCUCCAUGCAGAGGAAAUUCGUCGAGAAAUUGCAAGAAAUCUUCGGUGAUCGCAACUCCAGCUCGAUCCACAUGAACCCCUUUAAGCAAAAAGACCGUUCAACUYUCAUAACAUGGUUCAACCGCACUUUAAGCACCACCAAGUGCCCCCAUGAGGAGAUAAACCACUUGGAGUCGGUGCUCAAAAACCACCAAGACCGCGGUAUCUCCCACCAGGUGUCCCGUAUCAUGGAACCCGAAUUUCUCAUAUCAAAAAUAAGCGUUUUCACGAUGGGCAAUUGCCGUACGAAGGCCCUCCCGCCCCCCAUCCACGAGGACAUCAUCCCCGUGGACGAGAAGUCCCCCGAGGGGGCUGCCGCCCACUACCAAUACCUCAUGACAUUCAUCAUCCCCGCGGUCAUCAUCUCGGUGAUGCUGUUUUUCGCCGCGUUGUGCGCCUGUGUGCUCUACCGGAGACGCCGCACCGGGAAAAUGAACGUGGAGGAGGAGGAGGGGCGCCCCCAUUAUGGCAAUAAGGGCAUCCCCGUGAUCUUCCAGGAGGAGUUGGAGGAGAAGCCCGAGUCGGGGACGAAGACUCCGGUGAUUCUCAAGGACGAGAAACCGCCCCUAGCGCCCCCAGAGUACAGCAAAAGCGGCUCGUUGAAACUGAACGACGAUUCGGAGCCCUACCAGCCGCCGCCCCCUUUCACGCGCACCGAUGGGAGACAGCCGCGACCCAAGCCGACGCCCACGUACAGGAAACCGCCCCCGUAUGUGCCCCCCUAACAACUACAUUUCACGUUUUUUCAGCAAUAAGUACUGCCAAACUGCUUCACCAAAAUUACCAACUUUUAGGGGAAUUUUGUUUUGUAACUAGAAUCUUCUUAUAGAUUAUUAGGUUUUAGGCUGUUUUAGGUUCGCACAAUCUUUUUUAUCUCUCUGUACAAAUCGGUUUUUGAUCGUUUUUUAUUGCUGACGCGUUUUUUAUAUUUAAUUUAGUUACCAACCAAUAACUUUGUACUGUAAAAAUUUAUAAUGUUUUAUACUAGUUGUAAGAGUUUUUGUAAGGAUGUACUCGAAUCAUAUCAAUAAGGCUAGAAUUUAUUUGUAAUCUAUACGUAACUGACUUACUUUUAAAUGGUUUGAAUGUAGCAUAUCAAUAAAUCCCUAUAUUUGUCCCCGAUGAUGUCAUACUUUUGUAUUAUUAACGAGUCAUUAUAAUAAUACAUAAUUGUUCAAUAAAUACUAAAAACAA